AUGACCUCCCUUAUCUCAAAACGCUCCUCCGCUGCAGGAACCAAAGUUGGAGAACUCCCGGACGAACCGAAGCCCGAUGAUCCGGAGCCCGAUGAUCCGGAGCCCGAUGACCCGAAGCCCUUGGAGCCCCAGCCAACCCUGACAUCGGCCCCGUACACGGGAACAAGCACAAGCACAAGUACCAGCACGAUCACGGUUUCCUUGUCUUCGGCAACUGCUUCUUCGGCGCCUCUAAUUCCCUACGUUGUCGUUACUGAAGAGUUGACCCGCGAGGCUGGGACGGCCCUUCAAGAUCGAAUGAAGCCGUAUGUCAUGGGACCUAUAGAUGCGAAUCUUAGAGAAGAUGAGCAGGGUACCCAAACAAUGGUCUUCCGUUUCAACACUAUGGCGACAUUAGCAAAGGAACUAGAACUCCUACACGACACGGAUAUAGCCUGGAUCUUCCCCGAAUCCGACGUAGGGUACGAUGAAGAUGAGCCUUCCACCCCGGGCAGGGCAACGAGCCCACCUCUCGGUCCUGGCCCCGAAUUAGCAUCCCAAGGCGUCUUUUAUGAUCCAGGGGCAGAUGCCUCGUUAAAGGCCUUGUCGCAACCCGCUGAUUAUGCAUCAUACGAUCCCAAUGAUAUGUACGGGUACGCUUACCCUACAAGUUCAGGAAAAGGCAUCACAAUUUACAUUAUCGAUACCGGAGCAAACCCAACUCACGAGGAAUACGCUGGGUCGCCCGGUCUCAAACGUUGGAUGUACGUUGCAAAGAACACCUUCCAGUCGGACAGUGAUACCAAAAGGGGACAUGGCAGCUGUGUCCAGUCCCUCGUCAACGGGCCCCGUUUUGGCGCAGCCAAGGGCGCUGACAUUGUCAUUGUCAAACUCCCCGAUCCCUUCACUACUUCUGACAUAAUCACGGCCCUCUACUGGGUGACGGACGACAUAGCGAAGAGAAGUUUGGAGGGAAAGGCCGUUGUCACCAUGUCUGUCUACACUGUUGGCGUCGACAUUGCAAAGAGCAAAGCGUUCGGCAUCCAAGUCCUAAAAGACGGGUGGGAUGCCACAGCCGAGAGUAUGAGAGACCAGAUGGAGCUCCUGAUAUAUCUCGACGUCCCCGUUGUGGUGGCUUCAGAAAACGAUCGCCAAGAGUAUGAGCACAUUGACGGGUUCCCCGCCGCGUUCGCAAAGGAGCUAGACAUCAUCGCCGUCGGUGCCAUGAAGUCCAAUGGCGCCCGCGCAUCUUAUUCACAAGGCGAUAUUGACGAGGUCACCGUGCUGGCGAUGGGCGAAGUCGAAUGCGCAAGGACAGACAGUACGUGGGAGACGAGACACACUUUCGGCACUUCCUUUGCAGCACCAAGAGUGGCCGGAAUGAUCGCCACCUGGCUGAGCAGUGAGAAAUAUCGCGAACGGCUCCAAGUAAAAGGAAAAGUCGCGGCAAACGUCAAGAACCUGUUGAAAGAGCUGGCGUACGUCAAGAUGCCGGCUUCUGAGGUUGACGGCGGUUUCCCACCCAACUUCUACAAGCUUGCCGUCUAUAACUCCCACAGGAUUUAG